CACUGUGAGCAUCAUGUCAAUGAUCAUCUUCGCAGCCUUUAUUGGUGUGUGCGCCGCGGGUGCCCUCCCAGCGUACGUCCCUCCUCAAUACCGCUUUUCGCCGGCUUAUUACCAGGACGGUAGAGCCAGGUCAUCCUUGGAGGGGGGCGCCGCUAUCUUGAGGUCGGAAUCAGAAGUCAACGAACAGGGCUUCCACUACGCUUACGAUACAGAGAACGGUAUUUCUGCUGAGGCUUCAGGAGUUGAAGCUAAUGGCAUCCAGUCCCAGGGUCGUUUCUCUUACACCGGUGACGACGGUCAGGUUUACGCCGUGACCUACACUGCUGACGCUAAUGGCUAUCAGCCUCAGGGCUCUCACCUGCCCACCCCUCCGCCCAUCCCGGAAGCCAUCGCCAGGUCUCUACAAGAGAACGCCAGAGACGAGGCAGCCGGUAUUUUCGAUGAUGGAAGCUACCGCGACGCUAAAUACGAACCUGCCGUGAUUGCUGCCCGAGCCCAGUAUCCCUACGCGAAAGGGCAGUACGUGAACCCUGCCUUCCGUCGCUUCUACAAAUACUAGAAACACCAAUACUACUCAUACCCUUCUU